UACUUCUCAGUCAUCUUCAUUCUUCCGAGCAUGCUUUAUUUCCAAAGCGAGAAGCCAUCAUGGGAGACCUUUUUUCCUUAUUUUGGGAGGUGGAUCCUCCUCCCCUACCUUUAAGUUUUCCUAUUCCAAGUCAGGAUUAUGAAUGCCAGAAGGAUGACUCUUGCGGGGCAAUAGGGAGCUUCCUGCUUUGGUAUUUUGUCAUUAUAUUGGUCCUGAUGUUCUUUUCGCGGGCUUCUGUCUGGAUGUCAGAGAAGAAAAAGGAUGAAGACAGUGGGACCAGCACCUCGGUCAGUAAAGCGAGCAAAGAUACUUCCUUUAAGCGGCAAAGCAAAGAUGGUGACUGGGCCUCUUCACAAAUGAUGAAAAAACCAAAGCAGAGCCAACUCACCCCUGUAACUGACUCUGAAGUGGCUUUGGUCAACGCCUCUCUGGAACAAAGACGAGCCAGGCGCCAUUCUCAAUUCAGCCGGGUGAAUCAGACCCAACGUGACAGUGAUACUACCGAGUGUGACGGUGAAGAAUCUAACUCGGGAGCCUCUUCGUGGAAGGAGAGUGAAAGUGAACAUCACCCAUCACCAGCUAGUAUUCCGAAGAGGAAAAUAGCUCAGAGGCAAAGGAAUGUGGGAAGCUACCAAACCAGGGAAAGGCCCUGCCUCCACUGCAAAGCCAUGAGAACCAGUGAGUGGUUGACACGCCAUUUCCUUCAAAACACUUCAGGAACAACCCACACGAAGGCAGAUAUUUAAGAGGAAAAUCGUGUACCUGACAUUAGCACAAAGUACAGCAAAAUUUGAAUUUUAUCAAGUCCUUACCUUACGCCAAGCCAAAUGAAAGAGAUGAAUAAAACACAAAAAAAUCACCAGAGCUCUAGGUGAGGAGGCUUUUACAAUAGAGUCUCUCUACUAACAACAAAAGCAUACUUGGAACCCAAGAGGCAAAAUUUCUGAUAAUCCUUUGUCCAAAAACAGGCCAGUGAAUUUGUUUAUGGCACCGUUACAACAUCAAAGAUCUGCAUCUCCUAUGGGUUUUUUUUAUUCAAAAGAGCAGAAGACAUAUUUUAUUCCUUGCGUAUUUGUAUUUUGUUUAUGUCUGUACUACAAAUAAGGAAGCUCUUUGAAAAUAUAUUUAUGUUCACAAACCA